AUGAUAAAGGUCUUUAAGAGACAGGAGAAACUUAUCCCAGAAAAGACUAUUUGGAGGUACUUCGCUCAACUCUGCUCAGCGUUGGAGCACAUGCAUUCCAAGCGAAUAAUGCAUCGAGACAUUAAGCCGGCGAACGUAUUCAUCACGCAGCAAGGACUCGUUAAGCUUGGGGAUCUCGGACUUGGACGCUUCUUCAGUGCAGCCACGGUGGAGGCGCAGUCCCUCGUCGGAACUCCCUAUUACAUGUCGCCCGAGCGAAUCAACGAGUCCGGCUAUAACUUCAAAUCUGACAUUUGGUCCUUGGGCUGCCUUCUAUACGAACUUGCCGCGCUUCAGAGUCCCUUCUACGGAGAGGGGAUGAACUUGUACUCGCUAUGCAAAAGAAUAGAAAACUGCGACUACCCGCCUCUACCUGGAAAUAUGUACUCGAAAGAAUUAAGGGACCUUAUCUCCAUGUGUAUACAGCCGGAUCCGAGAAGAAGGCCCGAAAUGUCGGACUUGCGUGAACGAUGCGAACAAAUGUGCCGCUUGUUAAGGUUCUGGAUAAUUCCGGAAAUUCCGAAACGAUGA